AUGGCUAUUGAAAUCGCCAUAGAUAGGGGUGGAACGUUCUGCGAUGUUAUCGCCAAAAUUCCAGGUCAAGAUGACUACGUCUUUAAACUUCUCUCGGUUGAUCCUAAGAACUAUAAAGAUGCCCCAACUGAAGGUAUAAGAAGAGUAUUAGAGAAGGCUGGUGGCGUCACAAUUCCCAAGCUGGCUAAGUUGAACCUCGACUCUAUUGGAUCCAUUAGAAUGGGUACAACCGUUGCCACAAAUGCCCUUUUGGAAAGAAAAGGUGCAUCUGUCGGUUUGAUAACCACGAAGGGCUUCAAGGACGUCUUGUCCAUUGGUAAUCAGACAAGACCAAACAUUUUCGACCUUACGGCCAAAAAGUUGGGGCAAUUGUACCUGAAAGUCAUUGAGGUGGAUGAAAGAGUUACCAUUGAAUCAUUUUCAGAGGGUGGUGGUGAUAAGUUAGAUUGGUCAAUUGACGCUGACGAAGCUCUUACGACUGGUGUUACGGGAGAUGUGGUCAGAGUAAUAAAAAAGCCAGACUAUACUAAAAUCAAGUUACAAUUGCAAGAGUUAUAUGACGAAGGGUCAAUCAAGGCACUUGCACUUACUCUUCUUCAUUCUUAUGUGUAUCCAGAGCAUGAAUUGGAGAUUUCUAAAAUUGCCAAAGAGAUAGGUUUCCAGGUGUCUGUUUCUCAUGAGCUUCAACCAAUGAUCGGUAUGGUAAACAGAACAUCAUCCACUGUUGCCGAUGCAUACUUAACACCAGUGAUAAGUGAAUAUAUUCAAAAUUUUGGUGCAGGGUUUGAAGGUGGACUUGAAGCUUUCGGAAACAAGUUGUUAUUUAUGCAGAGUAAUGGUGGAUUGUGCCCAUGGUAUAAAUUCACCGGUUUAAAAGCAAUCUUGUCUGGUCCAGCUGGGGGGAUGGUUGGGUUUGGAGAAACCUGUUUCGACAGUAAAACAGGCUUGGCCACCAUUGGAUUUGACGCUGGUGGAACUUCCACUGACGUUUCUCGUUAUAAUGGGAAUUUGGAACAUAUCUAUGAGACUGUUGUGAGUGAAGUUAAUUUGCAAACUCCUCAGUUGGAUAUUUCAACAGUCGCCGCUGGGGGUGGGUCCAUAUUAUUUUGGAAAAAUGGGAUGUUUGUUGUCGGUCCAGAGCUGGCAGGUUCAGACCCUGGUCCUGUUUGUUAUAGAAAGGGAGGCCCAUUGACUGUUACUGAUGCCAAUUUGUACCUUGGUAGAUUAUUGCCUGAAUAUUUCCCAAAGAUUUUUGGUCCUAACCAAGAUUUGGGAUUAGAUUUGGAAUUGACCAAGCAGAAGUUUGAGGAAUUAACCAAAGAAAUUAAUGAAUCGAAGAAAACCGGAGGAUCUCAUCAGUUAAGUGCUGAAGAAGUUGCCCUUGGUUUCUUGAAGGUUGCCAUUGAACAAAUGUGUAGACCAAUUAGAACGCUCACGGAGGCCAAAGGAUUCAACACUUCUGAACAUAACUUGGCAUGUUUUGGAGGGUCCGGUGGUCAAUUUUCCAUUGCAUUGGCUAGAAAUUUGGGAAUUACGAACGUUGCUAUUCACAAGUAUUCCUCUUUGUUAUCUGCUUAUGGUAUCUAUUUGGCUGAUAUAGUAAUUGAAAAACAGUCACCUCUUUCCAUGACCUUCGAAUCAGCAAAUUUCGAACAAUUGGAUGCUAGGAUAGAGUAUCUUGUCUCUCAAGCAUACAAAGAGUAUGAAAAUCAAAAUUUGACUCAAUUCUCCACCAGAUUAGAAGUAUACUUGAAUAUGAAGUACAACGGAUCUGACACUCACUUAUUAAUCCCUAAAACUGCAAAUGAAUAUAAUGCUGACCAACUAUUUAUUGAAAGACAUCAGGCUGAGUUUGGCUUCAGUAUGGAUAGGAAAGUAUUGGUGGACGAUAUUCAAGUCUUGUUGGUAGUUGAAAGUAAAGAUAAAUCGGUGCAUAACCCGUACGAGGAAUAUGAUCAAUUGGAAGGCACCUUAACUCAAGUUGAUUCCAAGGUGUCUUCAGGUACGCAAAAGAUUUAUUUUGAAAAAGUUGGCUGGGUAGAUUCAGGAAUUUAUCAAAUUGGUGAUUUACUGAAGGGUAAUAGAAUUGAAGGACCAUCUAUUAUUAUUGAUGACACCCAAACUAUUCUUGUUGAACCAAUGUCUGAAGCUAUCGUACUUUCUAAUCAUAUUCUCAUUAAAGUUAUUCAUACUAGUAAAUCAUCUACAGUGAACUCUUUAUCAUCUACAGUUGUUGACCCUGUUCAACUUUCUGUCUUUGGUCAUAGAUUUAUGUCAAUCGCUGAACAAAUGGGUAAGACUUUGCAACAGACAUCUAUUUCUACCAAUAUUAAAGAGAGAUUAGAUUUCUCAUGUGCUGUUUUCGAUGGUAAUGGUGAUCUUGUGGCCAAUGCUCCACAUGUCCCUAUCCACUUAGGAGCUAUGUCAUUUGCUGUUAAAGCACAAAUGAAGAUUUGGGAAGGUAAAUUAAAACCUGGGGAUGUAUUGGUUAGUAACCAUCCAAGUGCUGGUGGAAGUCACUUACCAGAUAUAACAGUGAUUACCCCAGUUAUAAAUCCGGAGACGAAUGAAGCUAUCUUUUGGACUGCUUCAAGAGGUCAUCAUGCUGACAUUGGUUCUAUUACUGCUGGUAGUAUGCCUGCAAACUCUAAGACAAUUUUCGAAGAAGGAGCAGCUAUUGUAACUCACAAAUUAUGCAGUAAUGGGAAAUUUGACGAAGAAGGUAUUACCAAAUUGUUGUUAGAUGAACCAGCUAAGUAUCCAGGAUGCUCAGGUACCAGAACUCUCAAUGAUAACUUAUCGGACUUGAAAGCCCAGGUAUCUGCAAAUUACAAAGGUAUCUCCCUUUUGAAUAGAUUGAUUGAUGAGUUUAGUUAUGAUAUUAUCAACCUUUACAUGCAAGGUAUUCAAUCUACUGCUGAAUUGUCAGUAAGAAAUUUAUUGAAAGAAGCUUACAAGAAGUUCCAGGGUCACAAUUUGAAGGCUGUCGACUAUUUGGACGAUGGUACUCCGAUUGCCUUGGAAAUUCAGAUAGACCCUGAAACUGGCGAUGCUGUUUUCGAUUUCAGUAAAUCCGGGGAUGAAAUAUAUGGUAACUUAAACGCUCCGAAGGCCAUUUUGAAUUCUGCCGUUUUAUACGUUCUUAGGUCAUUGAUUAGUACAGAUAUUCCAUUAAACAAUGGAUGUCUUAGACCAAUUGAUGUCAUCACUAGGCAUGGGUCUAUAGUGGAUCCUUCCUUCGAAGCAGCAGUUGUAGGAGGAAAUGUCGAGACUAGUCAAAGAAUAGUUGAUGUAAUCCUUAAGGCAUUUCAAGCUGCUGCUGCUUCUCAGGGUACUUGUAACAAUUUUACAUUUGGUACUAACGAUAAGGAGAAAAAUAUUUCUUUUGGAUAUUACGAAACUAUAUGUGGAGGUUCAGGUGCUGGGCCUACAUGGAAUGGACAGAGUGUAGUGCAAUGUCACACCACUAACACUCGUAUCACUGAUGUUGAAGUAUUCGAGAAAAGAUAUCCAGUUAUCGUCCAUGAAUAUUCCAUUAGAAAGGGUUCUGGCGGUAGUGGAUUGUUUAAAGGUGGUGAUGGUGUAAUUAGAGAUGUGGAAUUCACUCUUGAUAACUUACAAGUUUCAUGUUUAAUGGAAAGAAGAGCAUUGGCCCCAUAUGGAUUAUUAGGAGGCGAAGAUGGUGCCAGAGGGUUAAACUAUUGGUUAAGAAAGAGUGAGACUAAUCCUAACGAAUAUAGACAUAUCUCAUUGGGAGGUAAAUGUACUGUCCAGGUUGCGAAAGGUGAUAGGGUGAUCAUUAACACUCCAGGUGGUGGUGGAUAUGGAGCAGUACCUAAGUCUAAUGGAGAAAAACCAAAUGGAGAUAAUUCAAUUACCCAAUUUGAUUAUAAUCUUACUGGCUCCACGCCAGCCAGAUUAACUGGGUCAUUAGCCAUGCGCAGUUUAUUACAAGAGAGUAAUUAA